UUUGGGGAGGCAGAGGUGGGGGGUUGGAGGGUCACGCAUCAAGAUUCGUGCUCGAUGGCCUCGGCCAUGGAGGAGGAACGGGAGGGUGGGAAGAGCGAGAAGGUCUUGAAGUUAUUUGGAGUCAGUAUUGUUCGAGGAGAGGUGGGAGGCAAGGAGGAGGCCGACGCGGAGGAGGAGGAGGUGAUGAGGAAGAGCUCCAGCAUGGGCAACCUGGCCUCAUGCGCCGCCGUGCCUUUGGUCAUCGAUCAUGGCGCCGGCGACCAGGGGUACCACUCCGACGGUGCCAUCCUCCAGUCCGCCACCGGGAGGAGGAGGAGAUGCCAGGAGCGAAAGAGAGGGGUACCCUGGACAGAGGAGGAGCACAGAACCUUCCUGACUGGGCUUGAAAAGCUUGGGAAGGGAGACUGGAGAGGGAUUUCGAGGACAUUCGUGACGACGAGAACUCCAACCCAAGUGGCCAGUCAUGCUCAAAAGUAUUUCCUCAGGAAGAACAAUCCCAGAAAAAAGAAGCACCGAUCCAGCCUCUUCGAUGUUACGAUCAACGAUGAAGCUACUGCCACUGAAGCAGCAUCGGUAUUAUCUUCAAAGAAAAGCAAUGAAAUCCAAGAACAUAUUACUCAUCUCAAUGACGGCAAUAAUUCAGUUAAUUACCCAGCUGUUACAACUAUUGGGCAAUCUGUAGUUGGGGGAGCUUCAAACUUCCACCAUAUAGCAAACCAUGGUGGCAUUAACAAUCUUCCUAGUCCCAGACAUAUUGUGGAAGUCUCUGACAAUAGUGUGAAAGAUCGGGCAAUUCCAGAAGUUUUUAUUGUGCCACCACUCUAUACAACAAGUCAGAUGCCACAGGUAGAGCUCGCGUGUACUCCAGAUCUCAAAUUAUCUUUGUCAUACCCAAACUGCCAAACCCAAUCUUCUGCCACCACACCAGCUGAAAUAAGUGAUUUGGAGCUCAAAAUUGCACCUCCUCGACGACAUGAUCUUUCUUAUCUUCUCAUGGUUCAGCAGGUGCAAUAA